UUAGUCCAACCUGGAACUGUCUAUUAUUUUCGGUAAAGACGACGCUUGCGGCUGAUAAAUCCAUUUCUGUCAUAUCAACGUCAGCAACAAAUCUCCAGGAAAACAUACGAGCUACCAUUUUAAAGUCAGCUUCUACGGAAUUUGCUUCGGACGAUACAGUUCAGAACUGAGAGUGUUUUCCUGUCCAGGACACCCCUGUUGCUGUUGCUAGGUGCUCUUCCUGGCACUUCCUUGUUCAAAAGUUUUAUUUAGAGGGAGGCUCGCGGGCAGAAGUUGGUCACUGGACUGGGUGUCAUUCCUGCUGUCAGCGGCAAAAGCGAUGGUGUUAUGGCGCACAUUUCGCUGUAAUUAGCGUGUACCCGCCGCCGCUUCGGUCACAGAUGAAAUACUCUGAGACUGUCAGUAGUGAAAGGCUCCAGAAAGAGGAAGAUGUCUACGGCUAGCAUUAGCGAAGACAUCCGAGGGAAGUUUCCCCUUCAUUCCGCAGUUUGGGAGAACGAUUACAGGAAAUUGGAACAGCAAAUACGAUUACAACAGAAUGACAUCGAGGCCGUUGAUCCCCGGGGUCGAACACCUUUGCACCUGGCCGUGUCGCUCGGACACCUGGAGUUGGUCAGAGUUCUUCUGAGACACGGUGCUUCAGUGACUAAAGAAAAUGCCAAGCAUUGGACAGUGCUGCAGGAAGCUGUCAGCACUGGAGACCCAGAGAUGGUUCAUUUAGUGCUUCAGCGUAGAGACUACCUCAAAGCCUCCACUGCUCUGGGGGGAGUGCCUGAGCUGCUCUUGAAGAUCAAGGAGUCUCCUGACUUCUACAUGGAAAUGAAAUGGGAAUUCACUAGCUGGAUCCCUCUUCUGUCCCGGAUAUGUCCAAGUGACGUUUGUCGCAUUUGGAAAAGCGGUGCCAGCCUUCGAGUUGACGCCACCCUUCUGGGCUUUGACAACAUGACCUGGAUCAGAGGCCGAAGGAGUUACAUCUUCAGAGGAGAUGAUUCCUAUGCAGAGUUAAUGGAGGUGAACCACGAUGAUGGCGUCGUCGACACCGAGCGCUUCAACAUAUCCCAAGAAAUGGAAGAAGUCACGUUGGAGUCGAUGCAACCAGCUGAACAGGAAGUUGCCAAAAGAUUGACAACACCUAUUGUCAACACCUACUUGGACACAAAGGAUAUUGCUUUUGAAAGAUGCAAAUCUGGGAUUUUAGGUUGGAGAACAGACAAAACUGAAGCAGUCAAUGGAUUUGAAGCAAAGGUUUUUAGUGUGAAUAAUGUAAACGUGGUCAUCAGGACGAGGACGGAGCAUUUAACAGAUGAGGAGAAAGCCAGGAUUAAAAGUGAAAGGAAUGUUUUAGAGUCUUUGCUGGGGACUGUGGAGCAGCACAUCAGUGCCCAGGGGAACUUAACUCUGGAGUAUGCCACAGCCACAAACCCUACUGCGAUCACGCCAGAGGAAUAUUUUAAUCCCGACUUUGACCUGGGUAACAGGGACAUUGGUCGUCCCAUCGAACUGACGAUUCGAACACAAAAGUUCAAAGGAACGCUGUGGAUGAGUGAGGAGCAUCCUCUGUCCCUGGUGGAGCAGGUGACCCCCAUCAUUGACCUCAUGGCUCGAACCAGUUCCCACUUUGCACGAUUAAGAGACUUUGUAACCCUGAAGUUUCCCCCUGGAUUUCCUGUUAAAAUAGAGAUUCCCCUGUUUCAUGUGCUGAAUGCCAGGAUUACAUUCGGUAAUGUAAAUAAAUGUCGCACUGAAGAGGAAGCAGCAGCCACACCGACAUCUUCGGAAGAAAAUGAAGAAGUAGCCACAGCUACAACUCCGUUUCAAGUGUGUCCCUCGGUGUUCGAAGUACCUCCGAAUUAUCACCGCAGAGGGGGCAGCCGCCACACCCCCAUGUCCAACAAUGAUGAUGAGCUUCUGCAGUUUGCCAUCCAUCAGAGCCUCCUGGACUCACAAAGAGGCUCAGGCGAGGUGAGCUGGGAUGAUGCUAAUGGAGAACUUUCACAUGCAAUGACAGGCAGCCAUAGCGAUAGAAGUAUCCCUGAAGGGCUGCAGGUGGAAAUUGGAGACAGCGUCAGCCCUGUGAGCUCUCCCUCCGCUUCCAGCCACGACUCGGACCUCCACCUGGCCAUGGAGCUCUCAGCUCGAGCUCAAGAAGAGGAGGAGAGGAGGAGGAAGGAGGAGGAUGAGGAGCUGGAGCGGAUAUUGCAGCUGUCACUCACGGAGAAGUGAAAAGGAGAAAGAGGGAAUUUUAAAACGACGUUCCUGGAACCAGAAGUAACAACCACACCUCAGUGUUUCCUUCCUAACCUUUCUAAAUCCACCUAUGCAACCACUGAUUUUAUAUUUACUGUAACAGACUUGCCAUACAGGCAAUAAAAACUUUCCCUUAUUUUUCAAUAGAUAUUUUUGAGAAUAACUUUUUCUUUCCUAUAUUUCUUCAAGUGGACAUCUUGUCACUACUUGCUUACUUCAGACCGUUGAGGUACUUUAGUCCUUAGUUAUUUUUGUUUACUAGUUAGAGUCACAACAGCCUUCACAUGUGUUAAUCAUUAUUGUUUGGAUUGGGGUUAAAUUAAAGUUAGGUUCUUGAGUUAGCUUCAAAUGUUUCUUUGUGCUGAGAUGUCACACUUCAUGCCACCACAACCCUUUUUUUUUUUUCUUAACAUGUAAAGUCAGAUUUCUUCUAAAAGCCUAGCACAUCAAAUUAUUUUGAGCACUGCAAACGUAAAGCAGCAAGCUUGAGUAUUAUUGCAAGUCUUCCUGCAGAGUCGCUACUCAAAAAUAUGUUUGGCUCAUCAAAUAAGAAAAAUCUCAGGGUUCCAACUUUCUAGAUUUUAUUUUAUUUUUUUUUCUUCCAACAUUUAUUUAUGAGUUUCAGAGCUGUUGUAGCCUGGUAAAUGUUUAUUAUGCAAACGAUAUUUGUCAUGCAUAUUAUUCUAUGCUAAAACCUAAAAAUGGAAAAUUCAUGGAGCCAUUUCUGAAUGCAUUUAGAUCUAUGUUGUGAAUGUACAGGACUGCAGGUGGUUGAACAAACGCAUGUUGCCAUGGGAAAUGUUUUUAAAGUAACUGCAUGGUGACAAAUCUGUGCUGCAGCCAGGCCUAGACUUGGCUUGAGGUAAUAAAGUAAUUAUUUUUGUAACCUG